CCUACAUUGUCAAUGGAAACCUCGAUUGCUUCUUCUCCCUUCAUUGAUAAACAAGAAAAAGUUGACCCAUCAAUACACCACAAUUUGGAGUCGGAAGAUCACACAAUGGAUGUUGAGAAACAUGUCACAGAUGUUGUAGUGACGGAGCAAAAAUCGCAGCAAGAGGGUGACACUUCAACACUUGGUAGUUAUGUAGGGCCAUCGACUAUACCUACUUCGACUUGUCCUCCAUACGAUUAUACGGAGCAUUUUACAACGGAGACGGUUUUUCCAUCCGAUGAAGCGUUGGUAGAUUGGAUAAGAUGUACUGGUAAACAACACGGGUUUAUCAUUGUGAUUAAGGGUUCUGAGAAAUAUAUUAAGAAUCGCACACCUAGGAUGUGGGUUUCAUGUGAAAGGAGUGGUAAGUAUAGGCCGUUUGUGAAGAAAGUUGAUGGGAAGGAGGUAGCUGUAAAGAAGAGAGUGUGGUCCACGGGCACCAAAAAAUGUGAAUGCCCAUUUGAAUUGAAAGCUGUAAAGGGCAAUGAUGGUUGGACUGUCUCUAUCCAUAAUGGCACCCACAACCAUCCUCCAGCGGUGUACUUGGAGGGUCAUUCGUAUGCCAGGAGGUUGUCGGCAGAGCAGACUAGCACGGUGGUUGAUUUGUCAGUUGCUUUGGUGAAACCCAGAGAAAUCCUAACCCAUUUGAAGGUUCAAGAUCCUGAGAACGUAACGUCUAUCAAAACCGUGUACAAUGUACGACAAAAGUAUCGAGUGAUAGAGAAAGCUGGAAAAUCUCAAAUGCAACAUUUGUUGGAUCGGCUAGAAAAGUACCACUACGUUCAUUGGACCCGUGGGAACAAGACUCAGAAUGUCAUGGAGUUGUUUUGGUCUCCCCCAUCUGCCGGGGAGAUGUUACGUGCUUUUCUCCACGUGUUAAUGAUGGAUUGCACAUACAAGACGAAUAAGUAUAAGUUUCCUUUGCUUCAAAUUGUUGGUGUAACAUCAACGGAGAUGACUUUUUGUGCAGCGUUUGCUUUCAUGGAGUGUGAAAAAACGGAAAACUACAUUUGGGUCUUGGAGAAGCUAAAAGGCAUGAUGGAUCCCAACGCGCUUCCGUCCGUUAUUGUCACGGAUAGGGAGUUGGCGCUUAUGAAUGCCAUCACAAAUGUUUUCCCUCAUGCUACCAACCUCCUAUGUAGGUGGCAUAUUGGCAAAAACGUAUUAGCCAAGUGUAGAAAGAUGUUUGAUGACAAGAUGUGGGAGGAGUUUAUUUGCAGUUGGGGCCUAGUCGUCCUUUCAUCGAGUGUUGCACAAUACGAGGAGCGCCUUUGUGUUUUGAAGCGUAAUUUUGAAAUGGUUCCUGCAGCACUUGAGUACGUCGAGAAAAAUUGGAUGGUACCCUACAAAGAAAGGUUUGCAGGAGCUUGGACGGACAAAAUCAUGCAUUUCGGAAACCUAACAAGUAACAGGGCGGAGAGUUCACAUUCGCAACUAAAAAAUCAUCUUGAAAACUCGCAAUGCAAUUUUGAUACUAUAUGGGAGAAGAUUCACAGAUUGAUGUUGUUACAAGUUACUGAAGUCAAAGCUUCGUUUGAGAAGAGCCUUAAUUCUAUACAACAUGAUUUUAGGACAACUCUAUUUGAUAGGCUAAGGGGAGUUGUUUCGUCGAAUGCCAUGACACUUGUUUUAGCGGCAUCCCAUCAAGUCAAAUGGUUUAUGGAAUCAAAGCGUCAAUGCGAGUGUUCUUUGAGGCACACACAUGGUUUACCUUGCGCUCAUGAGAUUGCUCCUUGCAAGAUGGCAAAUAUCCCCCUUCCGAUUGAGUUAAUCCACGACCAUUGGAAGAGGCUUUCUUUGUUUGCACCCCAAAAUGAGGGUUCGAUGGAGGAGACGCUUUUGGCUCACUUUGAUUGUUUUUACAACAAGUUCUUAAGUGAAGAUCAAUAUGAUGUAAAGCUCAAUUAUGUUAAGAAGAUGCAAGAGCUUGCUCAUCCGAAAACCAGUACUCUCCUUGAACCCAAAGUGAAUGCAUAA